AUGGACGGUGCCGUUCAGCUUCUAGACCCCCUUGCCCUCGUGUCGCGCUCUUCCGAAAAUGCAAGUUUGCAUUUGAAGUGCUACAAGUGGUUUUCACCUCGUCUCGGUUGUGUCUGUGCCACUGGUGUUGGUGGUGGACCUGAAGAUCUUCGACGAGAGACUCCUGGGGACCGAUUCGGCUCGUGUGUUCCCUCUGCACGGUUGUGCGAGGCGGCUUCCGGACGCCGAGAAGCUCACGGAGACGUGCUGGCGACUGACAGCAACAAAAGAGGUUGCGAAGUCUGCAGAUCCGGACAGCUGCCGCGCCUUCCUUGGUGA